ACUAGACCGGGAGGCGGGCAACCGGCAAAUCUACCACCGAUACUGCAUGGAGAGGGCGGCGGCCAACUCGGCCCACGUGUUCACCACCGUAUCGGACAUUACGGGCCUGGAGGCGGAGCACCUGCUCAAACGCAAGCCCGACAUAAUCACACCCAACGGGCUGAAUGUGAAAAAGUUUGCCGCCCUGCACGAGUUUCAAAACCUACACGCCAACUCCAAGGAGAAAAUUCACCAAUUCAUACGUGGUCAUUUCUACGGGCACUACGAUUUUGAUCUGGAAAAAACGCUGUACUUUUUCAUAGCCGGCCGCUACGAGUUUAGCAAUAAGGGCGCCGAUGUGUUCAUCGAGUCGUUGGCCCGACUCAACCACUAUUUAAAGUCUACGGGCAGUGAUGUGACGGUAGUGGCGUUCCUGAUAUUUCCGGGCAAAACAAACAAUUUCAAUGUGGACUCACUGAGAGGUCAGGCCAUCGCCAAACAGCUCCGGGACACCAUCGAUGAC